UCGUCAUCGUCGUCAUCGUUGUCGUCGUCGUCGUCGUCGUCGUCGUCGUCGUCGUCGUCGUUGUCGUCGUCGUCGGCCGAUGACCAACGUCGAGACAACGUUUCGACGUUAUACACUCAAGUUCCCGAUGCUGCAGCCACCCUCUCCGCUCUUGGAGAUGGCGUCCUUGCGUUUACCGGACUCGGAGGAGUUCGACGUUGAAACGCGUCGUAGGAGCAACAACGGCAACAUGCUACCUACGACGAUACCUACCGUUCCACCUGGAACCGGUAGCUUUCAACAGAUCAAGAACGAUCUUGGUGAUUACUUAAACAAUUUAUUGGUCGAGGCCAUUACCAUUAGUCCUAGCCGUAGUGAAGGAGCACCCUCUAUGGAGGAACAAACUGGACUUUUCAACGCAAGUAAAACUGCUAAUAUUUCGACGAUCGAACAAUUACCUGAUCGACUCUACAGGCACAGCAUGGCGAUGUCCGCGGUUUAUUGCGUGGCCUACGUUCUUGUAUUUGUCGUUGGUCUUAUCGGGAAUAGUUUCGUAAUAGCUGUCGUUUACCGUUCACCCAGGAUGAGGACCGUCACUAAUUUUUUCAUCGUCAAUCUUGCCGUUGCCGAUGUCUUGGUCAUCGUAUUUUGUUUACCGGCAACACUGAUGAGCAACAUAUUUGUCCCGUGGUUCCUAGGAUGGUUCAUGUGUAAAGCAGUGGCUUAUAUACAGGGUGUAUCGGUUGCUGCUUCGGUUUACAGUCUCGUUGCAGUUUCACUCGACAGGUUCCUUGCAAUCUGGUGGCCGCUGAAAUGUCAGAUAACAAAACGACGGGCGAGGAUGAUGAUAGUUGUGAUUUGGUUCAUCGCAUUGACGACGACGUCACCAUGGUUGCUAUUUUUCGAUUUAGUAUCGAUUUACGACGAUGAUCCAGACCUAAGGUUAUGCUUGGAAAUAUGGCCACGUCCCGAGGACGGUUCCCUAUUUUUUUUGAUAGGCAACUUGACUCUCUGUUAUGUCUUACCGAUGAUCCUUAUAUCACUUUGCUACAUCUUAAUCUGGAUAAAAGUUUGGCGUAGGCAUAUACCAACCGAUACGAAGGAUGCUCAAAUGGAACGGAUACAACAAAAGUCUAAGGUCAAAGUGGUGAAGAUGUUGGUAGUCGUCGUUAUCCUAUUCGUCCUAUCUUGGCUACCACUCUACGUGAUAUUCGCAGUAAUAAAAUUAGGAGGUGACGUUGCCGAACAAGAAGACGAAAUAUUACCGAUCGCAACACCGAUAGCACAAUGGUUGGGUGCAAGCAAUUCCUGUAUCAAUCCGAUCCUCUAUGCAUUUUUCAACAAAAAAUAUCGACGUGGUUUCGUAGCGAUAUUAAAGAGCGGCCGUUGUUGCGGUAAACUAAGAUAUUACGAGACCGUAGCAAUGAUGUCUUCGUCAACGAGCAUGAGAAAAUCAUCCUAUUACGUUAACAACAACAACAAUAACAAUAAUAAUUCUUCUACGAGACGUGCAGCUUGUCAUGGACCACCUGUUCAUCAGGAUAGCAAUGUUUCCUACAUAUUCAAUCAUACCGGUGUUUAAAACGAACAAACAAAAAACCUCUAGGUUGAUAAUAAUCUUAACCAUCUUGCACCUUGUUCUGCACCACUCAGAAAAAGAGAGAGAAGAAAAGAGAGAAAGAAAGAGACAGACAAAUUAAGAAUGAGAGUGACAGAG